AUGGGACAACUGCUGGACCUCCCCGAUGAGAUACUCACUUAUAUCUGCAUCUCGAUAAGCGAUUCGGAUCGUGUAGGUCUCUUCCAAGUCAUACAUGCCAACAAGAGACUACACAAAAUUGCCUCGCCUCUUCUCGUACGCCAUUGGCCGCUUCAUUGGGGGAGAUUGAGCCGCCGUGCACAUGCUCGCUUUGCAGUGCAUCUUGUUCGAAAUCCUCACCUACAGAGGAAUGUCAAAUCAAUUGUCUUUGAAGACCUGGUCCCUUUCGAAGAAGAUUCAUUCAGGGCUAGUCCUGGUGAGUUUGAUGAUCUUGCUGUACCAGCACAUCAGCUCUUUCCAGAUGAACCGAGCUGGUGCGAAGGAUUGAUCCGGGCAUGCAUAGACCCUGUAGCAGUGCUUCUCUUAGCUUUAUGUACCAGAAUCGAGAGCCUGGACCUCACGAUCUCGUGCUCUGAUCUAGAGUCAAGAAUGUUGGUGAUGGAACUCGUGUCUUUGUCUCUCAAGCGUAGUGGUCCUCGACGACCACUAGGGAACCUUCAGCUCGGUAUGCUCAGAUGGGAAGACAAUGACGGCCCGGGGCACAUUCAGUAUGCGGCACCAUUCUUUCACCUUCAAAAACUCAAAACUCUUGCUCUCUCAGCAUUGUCUGACAAGAUACCGCUUAAAAACAUUUUCCACGAGGAGGAUCUGAAAGAAGGGUCGAAACUGGGCUUGGAUCCUGACAUCUACCAGACGCGGUUCCCUAAUCGGACUUCGCCUAUCGAGGAAUUGAUCCUAGCAGCCGCUUGCCUCACAAGCCAGGGACUGCUCACAGUUGUCAGCUCUUGCAAAGGACUAAAGAAGCUCGCCUUUACUUGCCAAGACCUUGACCUACAUAUCGAUGAACAUAACAGUGUUCUGCUCAAACAGGCGUUGCUGCUCCACGCAGCAACCUUGGAGGAGCUCGCGUUCGAUCUUGAAGAUCAUUUCCUUGAGGACAAUGAUGGGAGCUUAGAAGGCGAGCCUCAUAUUGGUCUCAAUUGUUUAAAAGACUGUUUUCAACAGAUGGAGAAGCUCAAGCGCCUCACUAUGGAUAUUCAUGCUCUGUACUUCUUCGACGACCCACUGAGCGAUAAAAUGCUGGAUUGUCUACCGAGAUCACUUGAGUAUCUUGGCCUCGAGUGCGAACUUGCAACUGAUCAGCCAGAAGUUCUGAGGUAUAUCGAAAUACUUUGCCCGGUUCUGGAGGCUUGCGGGCCAGGGAACCGUUUUUGUGCGCUGAAAACUCUCGAGUUAUGUUUGUCUGUGAAUGGUGGAGCAGAUGCGAGCCUAUACGACCCGCUCAAAGAGCUAGCGCGGGAGAAGGGUAUCGAAUUUGUAGUUACUCGCGAAGCCCAGGGAUGGGGUACUGCUUGGGAGGCAAUGGGUGUUAUGCCUGUCCCAAACCCCCCUUUAGCCGUGGCUGACAGCAAUUUCGACUACUAUGAAUCUAGUCUCUCACCCUCAGAUGAUUCCGGAGAUGGAAGCUUAGGUUUUGAGUAA